UUAAUAAUAUUACUACUACUAGUAGUAGUAAUACUAAUUGGUGGUGGCGUUAGUGUUAUCGUAAUAUCGAGUGAGAAAUAAACAAAUAAAAGUUCGAUUAAGCGUCUGAUCUAUAUUAGGUUUAUGAGUGAAAAUCAAAAUGGGAACACGAAGAGCACGUCUUCAAAUAAAACCCAAAACAGGUAUUACUGUAAGAAGUUCUCGUGAUAGUAAUAUUAACGUUGCCAGUGAUACUGAUACUGCUGCAUUGGAAAAUACUUCUGUGACAACCAAACCUAACGUUAGUCCUAACGUAAAUGCCAAAGUAGGUUUAGGAGUACAAAAUGAUCCUGGUUGUUCAACACCUAGAACAAAAAACAAUACAAAUAUUUUACCAGUUUCAUCUACGAAGGAAUGUAGUGUUAGGGAGAAAACUUCAGAACCUCCUGUUAAGACUAUACAACAUGUCAACAGAAACAUUAAUGACCAAACUUAUAUUUCAGCUCUGACAAGUGACACGGAGAGUAAAACCUCUUCAGCUUCUGUUGUAUGCUUGCCUGAGGUCAACAAUGAUGCCAUUAUCAAUUACACUAAUUCAUCAAGUAACAUAGUUCAACCAGACUUACAGAUAUCAAACACUAAUGACAAUGAUACAGUUGAAGAUUUAAAUUAUAGAAUGAGUCACGCUGGUGAAAGUGAUGAAAUCAGUCAAAAUACAGACAAGAAAAUGCCUGAUCUUGGAAGAGAAAAUUACAGGUUUGAAGACAGUGUGCAUGGUAAGUGUGAUACUGAUGCACAGUCUGAUACAUGCAAAAAGAUUAAGAAUUCUCAGGUUGUUAAAAGACGACCUAAAGACACUGCAAACAAAGAAAUUAACGAAGAAGCCAAAUCCAAUAAGAGCAAUGAAAUCUCAGGCAAUGAUGAUGUUAAAAAUAAGCAAGCUAGGAGGCGGCGAUUAAAACCAAAGGUCCUUGAUACACCAAAAGAAGCUAGAAAAAGAGUUUCUGAACCUCCUAAAGAGUCUCUAACAAAAGCUAGUGAGUCUUCUAGAAAAUCUGAAGAAAACACUUUUGACACUUUGACUGAUAUUAAAAAGCAGGAUUGUCAACAUAAUAAAGAUAGUAAGGAAAAAGGUGACUCAAGCAACAUGCAUGAACAGAUAAAUGUGGAAGAAAUUGAGUCAGUAAUAGAAAUAGCUCCUGAGGGUAAUGAUGAGGACAUGGAGGAGGUAGGAGUUAAUGAAAAUAAUAAUAUGCAGUUUCUUAAAGAUAAAAAACCUGUUAAAAAAUAUCAACACCAUAGAACAAGGUGCCACAAAAAAAUUCUAGAGAAGAAAGAUAUGAAAAUGUUAGACCUAAUCUACUGGAAUCCAACAGAAAAUCCAAUGAAGUCUUCAAAUGAAAGCCAGAAUGACAAAGAAAAAAAUAAAAAUAUUAGCAACACUAUGGAUACUGAUACUAGUCACUUAGAAGAAGAACAAGUUGAUGAUCCAACUCACAAGAAAGAUAAUGACAACCUUAAUGAUGAUGAUGAGAAUGUUCCAGGUCCUCGAGUUCGAGUUAAUGAAGAUGGUGAGAUAAUUCUAGAUGAAGCUUCAUUGGUAAUUAAGCAGACAGCUAAUGCUGAAAAAGAUCACUUGGACCCAGAGAUCGUUCACGAAAGCACGGGACAAGCGACGUAUUCUUCAUUUCGGAAGAGUAAAUCUUAUCGAGUGUGGAAAGUGAAAGAAACUGCUAAGUUUUACAAAGCCUUGAGCAUCUGUGGAACUGACUUUACUCUUAUGUCAAACUUGUUUUCAAAGAGAACACGAGAAGAAUUGAAAAAUAAAUAUAAACGAGAGGAAAAGUUGCAUAAACCACUUGUUGAAAGAGCAGUUCGAGAUCCAAUGAAGUAUAAGAUUGCCGAUUUUGAACUAGAUAGUAACAGUGGAGAAGAGGAGGAAAGGUUAACUAAAAAUAAAACUUCUGUGGGUUUUAACAAAAGAAAAUUUAAGAACAAGAAAGAAUGUAAUACAAAACAGAAGAGACCUUGUGGUCGUAAAAAACGAGCACGUAGGUCUUAUGCAGUUAGUGAUUCUUCAAGUGAAGGUGAUGAUGAUUUAGAAUUAAUUUUCAAUGAUGAAGAAGAAGAAGAAGAAUUUGUAAAUGAUCCAAAUGAUGAAGAGUAUAUACCAGAAAAUGAAAGAGCAAAAUUGGGUCAGGCAAGAAAACUUUCCAAACCCAAAAAACAUACAACAAAUAAUUCCAGUUCAAACAAACAACCUCACCUAAAACCUCUUAACCAAGAAGACGAUGUGUCAAAAGAGAGUUACAAUUCAGAAAUUAACAUGUUUCAUAUUACAUGUCCAGUUAUUUGUAGCAUGGAUGAAGAGCCAUCAUCACCAUCAUUAAUUUACAAAAAAUCCUUGAAUUCUGAACAUUUACCAAAUGGAAUAACUCCAUUGGGAAUAUCAAGCAGAGAAUCCAAAGAGACUUUACCAUCAACUUCAACGGACACCUGUAUUCCUGUUGUUUCAGAAAAAACGUCCGUUUCAGUACCAAGUGAGAUGUCAACAACAUCCAUUAUCAGUCCAACAAUUCCUAGUUUACAACAGGGAAUGUCACCUAACAUUCUUAGAUCUCAAGAUCAGCUAAUACUUCUGGCAAGUAGCUCACCCCAGCAAGGACAUGUUGUUCAUGUUUACCUCCUAUCUCCUUCAGAUCAAAGACCGGAGGAAUCAGUAGGCAACAUUCUAACUGAAGGAGAAUGAAAGUUUUUGUAGACUAGUUUGAUUAUUGUAUAUAUUGUUAUUGUACAUAUUUGUAUAUAUAGUUUUUCUCUAUUGUGUAAAGAUUAGAGACAAGUAAAAUUUGACAAAGGCUUUGGUUUCAAGGGUAGUAGGUGCUUUCUAUUUGAGUUUAAGUUUAUUUUAAGUUGUUUCAAAAGAUAUUCUCUGCCUAGUCCAGUCCUAAAAUUUCAUUUUAGUAAUGUCAAUUUUUGUUCCAUCACUGUUUUCUCCCUCAUUUUGUUAGUAUUUUCCUGUCAUCAACAGUGUGUCUUAACCCUAAAUACACUUCUCUCUCAAGUUCAGGUCUUAACCCGAAGUACACUUCUCUCUCAAGUUCAGGUCUUAACCCUAAGUACACUUAUCUCUCAAGUUCGAGUCUUAACCCUAAGUACACUUAUCUCUCCAAGUUCAGGUCUUAACCCUAAAUACACGUAUCUCUCCAAGUUCAGGUCUUAACCCUAAAUAAACUUCUCUCUCAAGUUCGGGUCUUAACCCUAAGUACACUUAUCUCUCCAACUUUGGGCUUCAUCUUUGAGUAUUCGUAUCUCUCCAAGUUUGUUUCUUACCUCUAAUUACUCUAUUUCUGUAAAUCUUCUUACUUUUUAGUACUCUUAUUUCUUCAGUCUUGGGUCUUACCUCUGACCCCUUAACAAUGCAAUAUUACUAUUUGCUUACAAACUGAGGUGUUUAUUUUUCUUACAUUUUGAUUUUUUACAGUUAACUUUAGAAACAUUAUAAAUUCUUUUAAGGAAACAAACUUCUUGGAAGUCUACAUGUCCUUGAAAAUACUUAGUCUAUUGGUUUUUGUAUCUAUGCUACUUUAUAGAAAAACUGAUCAAGAAGAAGCAAUUUUGCCUUAAAAAACAAUCACCAUUAGUAUUAGGUAAUUAUAGCUUCAGUAUUAGUUCAGUGUAUUAUUAUUUUGUAAAACUAUUACAUAAAUUAUUAAAUGCUGCAGACAGAUGUCUUGUGUUAUUCUGUAGUGUAUGGAGGAGAGAGUCUAGACAAGUGAAGUCGAAAUCUUUAUUACCUUAGUCCUAUUUCUGAUUACUUUAAACUGCAGUUUGGUCCAAGGAUCUAAUAUAUACUUAGUGAGAGAGAAAACACUUUGGAAACAAUAUACAUUCUAUCUAAAAAACUUGUAGAAAGGUACUAGUUAUUGCACAUGUACUUGUCCUCUUCAGUCCGAAAUUAGUGAAUAUAGCUGAAGUAACUUUGUACUUCUCUCUAGAGCAUACGUGGUCAACAGAUAGUUCACAUUAGAACUUAGCCAGCUUUUGAUAGUAAUUCUCUUUAGGAAAUCUUUUAUUUUAACCACCCAGUAUGAUGGUCAAAAUCUGUCCUAUAGUGAAAGAAGACAACAAUGGACUUAAAAGGACACAUAACUGUAUAAGAACUUGAAUCCUUGUACAAGUCGUUUUGGGUAAAAUAUUUUUUUUCAAAGUGUGUGUUUUUCUUACAUUUAAGUGUUAAAUGCAACAUUGUGUUAUUUUUUGCUUCUAUCAUUAAAUUGUAUGAUUAUAGAAUUAUUCUUGUAUCAGUAUUGUGCAUGUGUUCUUGCUGUGUUUGUGUAAAAAUAUGAAAUAUCAAUAUUUUUUGUAUUAAAUAUGUUCAAACCUUGUUUAUAUGUGUGACUGUUUUGAAACUUACUUCAAGGAAAGGGUUUCAUUUCAGUGGAACAUCUACAGUCAAAACGUGUGAAUCUUACUAAGACUGAUCAGCCAAAGCAAUGUGUAACUUGUGCUGUAUACUGCUGGCAGAAUAUAAACGGAAUUUUAGAAACAGAUAAA